AUGAAAAUAUCCAAAAUAGAAUAGUAAUCACUGGAAAAGAAUAUUAUUAAAUUUAUCUAGAAAAAAUAGAUUUCGAAUUAGAACUUCAAAUCAAUCAAAUUUAAUAUAUCCAAGACGGUUAAAUUUUGCUAAAGAAAGGAAUUUCUAAUUAUUCUUAGGGAUUGGAUUAAGGGUGAUUUUUCAGAUUAUGAAAUAAUCUAUGAUUUUGACUUUUUCAAAUAUUUAUUUUGGGAUGGCUAGUAUGAUAAUAAAAUAAAAAAAUUGGAAAAUGGACUCCUUAUUGGAAUGGUGACAAAUUAGAUGCUGGAGAGUACUACGAUUAAGAAGGUUUUAAAGUAGGACUUUCGAAAGAACCUUAGAAUAUGUUUCAAAAAUAUAAAUUUACAUAAAUUUUAGGAUUGAAUAAUACUACUUCGUUGGUGAGUACAAAAAAGGAAAGAGAAUUGGAAAGUGGGAAUAUUGCUAUCAUUAAUAUUUGAAAAAAUAAAAAAUAGAUUUCUUUUUCAGAGGAGGAUAUUAUGAUAAUAAUGGAAUUAAAUAAGGAAAAUGGAUUGAAUUUUUAGAUGGUUUUACUUUCUUUUUAAGUACCUUAAAUAGUAAGAAGUUAAAAAUCUUGAAUAUUGGAGAAUACAAAAACGGAAGAAAAAUUGGAAUAUGGGAUACUUCUUUGAUAACGAGCUUUCAUAAUUAUUUACUAUUAAUAAUCAGAUAUUGUGGAACAUAUGACAUAAAUGGAAAAAAAAAUGGAGAAUGGACAGAAAUCUAUGAUUUUUCAUUCGGGUUACUUUUAUAAUUAUUUAAUUAUAGUGAAUAUAUAAUUACACAAACAGGAAAUUACAAGGAAGGUGUGAAAUACAGUAGGUGGAAUAUUAUCUUUCCGGAUGAUGAUUUUAGAAAUUUUGAGAUAUAUGAUGAAGAAGAUUAAGAAAAAGAAGAUGAAAUGUUAUUAUGCUUUUAAUUUUAGUUUUGGAGAUGUAUAUGAUGAAGAUGGGAUGAAAAAUGGAAGAUGGGUUGAACUUCAUGAUAGAUAUUUGUAAAGUUUGAAUUAAUUAAAGGCAAUGCCCAAUGAUAAAUGUCGGAGAAUAUAAAAAAGGAGUUAAAGUUGGAAAGUGGGAUAUGAUUGACGAUGAGUAUUAAGGUGGAGGGGGACAUUUUGAUGAUUUUGGUUAAAAAGUUGGGGAAUGGAAAUAACUCAUUACGAUCCAGUUUACUACUGCUUUUCAGGAUUAUAUUGAGGUGGAAAAAGAGUUGGUCAUUGGACUAUUUAUGGUGAAGUGACAAUGUAUGAAUCUUAACAUAAUUUAAUUAGUGAAGGAGGA